AUGGCUGCUCGAGGUCCCCCCGGCGCUCGCGGAAUGGGCAACCGCUUCGCACAGUUCAAGCUUGUACUGUUGGGCGAGUCUGCUGUCGGAAAGAGUUCCAUAGUCCUUCGUUUCGUCAAGGAUCAAUUUGACUCGUACAGAGAAUCCACCAUCGGCGCCGCUUUCCUUACCCAGACGAUUUCCCUCGAUGAGAACACCACCGUCAAGUUCGAGAUCUGGGAUACGGCUGGGCAGGAGCGCUACAAGUCUCUUGCGCCCAUGUACUACCGUAACGCCAACUGCGCGGUAGUCGUCUACGACAUCACUCAAGCAUCAUCUCUGGACAAGGCAAAGGCCUGGGUGAAGGAGCUGCAACGACAAGCCAAUGAGAACAUCAUCAUCGCGCUUGCCGGUAACAAGUUGGAUCUGGUCACGGAGCAGCCCGACAAGCGGGCCAUCCCCACCGCCGAUGCCGAGGCAUAUGCCAACGAAGCCGGCCUCCUCUUCUUCGAGACGUCGGCAAAGACGGCAGAGAACGUGCGGGAUCUCUUCACAGCCAUCGCCAAGAAGCUGCCGCUGGAUCAGGCCGGCCCCAGACAUGCCCGGCCCGGACAACGCGCCGGGGUCAACCUGACGCCAGACAAUGCGAACACCCAGGCGGGCGGCGCAUGCAGCUGCUAA